GCCAGGCUCUGCACUUAGUCUGGUACUGGGCAGCAGCAGCUGGAGACGCAGGACCCUGAACAGAAACAACUGCUGGAAACAGCAGGGGACCCAAGAUACUCCCAGCAGCAGCUCAGCAGGAACAAUGGGCAACCAAAUGAGUGUUCCACUGAGAAUGGACAUCCAGGAGAAGGAACCGGAAACAGACACUUACAAGGUGAUAUCAGACAACGAGUGUGUUCAGAAUGGGAACCCGGUGAUGGUGUCCACCCACGUGACCCAACACUAUGAUGAAGUCGAUUUGGGAAUAAGCAUCUCCAAGGAUAAUGUGGCUGCUUCUUCCCCCAAGACAAUGGAGGCCCAAGCUGUGGCCGAUGCCAGCGGAAAGAAUCUUGGGAGAGAAGCCAAGCCCGCGGCACCAGCUGCUAGAUCGCGUUUUUUCUUGACACUCUCUCGGCCUGUACCAGGACGUCCCGGGGACCAAGGCACGGAUUCAUCGGCUGCAUCGGGCAGGCUUGAUGUCAGCCCCGGCACAGCGCCUGCGAACAAAGACCCAAGUGAGCACGGAGCACUUCCGGUGGCAGCUGCACCCGGGCCGGCUGCGGAUAAAAGGCCAGGGUGCACUGAGGCCAAGCAGCAGGCCUUCCCUGCCACCUGCCCGCCCGCACCUUCACCACCUGAGUCCCAGGCAGAAAGCCCCUCCAAGCCCAAAGACUUCAGCUUUUUCGACCGAUUGUUUAAACUGGACAGGGGAAGAGAAAGUAUACCAGUUGACAGCCAGCCUGAAGAAGCCAAGGAGGUGAGGAACCAAGACCAGGCCGCGGAGACGCCUGCUUUGCCUGGGAAUCCCCAUGGUGCCCUUGCUGGGGAGGACAUAGUCCACGGUGAGGGGAGAGGACGUGAAGUUGACACUCUGAGUUACUCUGUCCCUGGGGACCCAGAGGCACUGGGGACCAAGAAGGAGGACCCCCAGGAGGUAGAAACCAUAGAGAAUAGCAACUCCAUUAUGAGCUUCUUCAAGACCCUCGUUUCGCCUAACAAAACGGAGACCAAAAGGGACCCAGAAGACACGGAUACUGAAAAUACACCCACUACUUCAGCCAAUCUCACGUCAGAGAAAGCCAACUUCACACCCCAGGAGACCCAAGGGGCGACCAAGAGUUCAAAAGGCUGCAACCCACCAAGUCACGUGCCACCUGAGACAGCCAGCAACGCAAUAAAAGAAGGUAGCAAGGAGAAGUCGGGGCCCACCUCGCUGCCUCUGGGAAAGCUCUUUUGGAAGAAGUCAGUUAAAGAGGAUUCGCUUUCCACAGGUGCACAGGAGAAUGCAGUGUGUGAGCCACCGGUAGAGACUGUAAGGCUUGAGGAAGUAGAGUCCACCUUACAAACCGUGCAUCUCAAUGAAGAAGAGGCCCAGCCCGAACCCACAGAUGUAAAGGUUAAAGAAGAAAGCAAACCUCGGAGGACCCCUCUGAUGGCGUUUCUCAGACAAAUGUCAGUGAAAGGGGAUGGAGGGAUCACCCGCUCGGAAGAAAGUUCUGGGAAAGACUCCAGUUGCCAAACGUCAAACUCCACAGAGAAGACGCCCUCACCCCCAGAGCCGGAGCCUGCGGGAACAGCCCAGAAAAGCAAGGAGAACUCCUCAAAGGACAAGAAGUCAGUGGACAAGAAGUCCGUGGCUGAGACCAACAAGCAGAAGAACAGCAAACAGGAAGCCAGAGAACCUGCGCAGUGCGUGCAGCCUCCCGUGGUGGAGGCCAACACACUGCAGAAUGGGGACAAGACCCCAAAGAAGUCCGAGAAGCGGCGACAGUCCCUCGGGGGCUUUCUGAAGGGGCUGGGACCAAAGCGGAUGUUGGAUGCUCAAGUGCAGACAGACCCUGUAUCCAUUGGACCAGUUGGAAAAUCCAAGUAAACAAAUCACUCCGUUCUCACCGGGCCCUCUUCCUACUCCACCUCCCGUCCAGACUCACUCUGUAUAUAUCUGUUUUUCUCCUGGCCAACCAAUGAAAUUCUGCCUACAACUUCAACCUGAAUUGUAGAUCGAGGUGUAUUAUUUACGUCUCUGGUCUGGUCUUUCCUGGCAAUGUAGCUGUAAAAAUGGGUUAUAGCAGGUUAACUAGGUAGUUCAGGAGAGCUGGUGAGUGCCAGGUGUGGGAUGGAGGAGGUAGAUAAAGGCAUCUGUGUUAGGUGAUGAAAAGAUAACAGUAACCAGUAAGAAAUGAGAAAAAGAAUAUUCUGCAUUAUAGUAAAUGCUGACUCGUCCCCUAAGCUUCAAAGGGGAAGGGAAGAUCCGUUUGUUUCAAUUCACACUGGGAGGAAGGAGGACUCUAGGCAGGCUCUGCCUUGGGCAUCUGCCAGCUUUCUGGAAUGGAACGUGUGGGGAGUGAAGAGGAAUGGGUAAGAGUUGGUUUUCAAAUAGGGUCCUUGAAAGUUAUUGGUGAAGGGAAGUGAUUAUCUGGAGAGGGAUUGCAAUGAUUUGGGGGAACAAUUAUUUCUGAAGUGUAGGGAUAAGGGCAUGGAUUACCAACUCCAAAAGAAAACCCAAGAGUAGAAGGAAAUUAAGUUGCAGGUUUGUUUUGCCACACAAAGGGGCGCCAAGACCUCCACUUUUCCCUUUGCAGCUGGUACCCCUAACAAAGACUGUCUCCGCAAUAAUUCGUUAUUAAUGUUUCUCAGAUGGUGGAGGGGCUUGCUUCAUCUUUUCCAUCUGACGCUUAUCUCACGCCUGUCUGUAAUUUCCUAAUGUGUUCAGGAUGUUCUCUGAUAAA